CUGGGGAGAGAAGAUGGAGCCUUCCCCGUUCAGCAGAAGGCAAUGGGCCUCCCAGUCUCUGAAAAUCACCGCCAAGGAGCUUUCCCUGGUCAACAGGAACAAGUCCUCGGCCCUGGCCGAGAGGUUCUCCAAGUAUCAGAAAGCUGCUGAAGAAGCCACUGCUGAGAAGAAAAGAAGUAACGCGGAAAACCUGCCCCCUCACUUCACCAGGGGCAAUCUGAGCGCGCUGAAGAAGAAGUGGGAGAAUCCGGCGCUGGGAGCGGAGUCCGGGAGGGAAUCGCUGCGGGGCGGCUGCGCUGAGGUUCGGCACAAGGUCGGCACCGGCCGCGCUCCUUCCCCAUCCCCGGGGGCUGGGGCUGACGGCUCGAAGCCCAGAAUCCACUCAGCGGAGGGUGGCAACAUGGAAAACUGUGUGCGAGAGCCCAGGGAAGCGGAGAAGCCCGAGGCCGGCGAGGGAGCGGAGCCGCUGGGCAGGAUCGAGAAGUACAACGUGCCCCUGAGCAAGCUCAAGAUGAUGUUCGAGAAGGGCGAGCCCCCCCAGCCCAAGCAGGUGCCCAGGGAGCCCCGCAGGACGGCGCUGGGCAGGAGGGUGUCGGAGAACAGCGGCUCCUCCGAGGACUGCGACGCGGGACCAGGGCAUCUUGUAGAGACCAUCCCAGGACUGAGCUUGGACAAGGCAGAGAGCAGGAGGAGCCUGGACCUGCCUCGUUUGACAGAGACAUCCAUAAAGGACAGGCUGGCCAAGUACCAGGCAGCUGUGUCCAAGCAGGGCAGCUCCUCAGCCCUCACUCCCAUGAGUGAGAUUCAAGCCAGUGAGAGUGAACUCAAGAAUUACAGAUGUGGGCAGAAGGAGAAUGUGGCACCAAGUGAGGACUCCAGUUCCUGUCAGGAUGGGGAGAAGGUUUCUGUAGAUGGGAACAGCUCGUCUCUGCACUCUGGUGUGCUGGAGGAUGGCCAUGCUGGACAGAACUCGGAGAGCGAGGCAGAAGCUCAGAGAGCUGUCAGCUCAAAGCAGCAGAGCCCCAGUGCCAGGGCUGGCCAGGCAGACACCUCCCCACCCAAAGCCGUGAAGAAAUUCCAGUUGCCAAUGAAGGAGACCUGUGUUGGGUGCCAGAAGACCGUGUACCCCAUGGAAAGGCUCUUUGCCAACCAGCAGGUGUUUCACAUCAGCUGCUUCCGCUGUUCCUACUGCAACAGCAAGCUCAGCCUCGGGACGUACGCGUCGCUGCGGGGCAACAUCUACUGCAAACCCCACUUCAACCAGCUCUUCAAAUCCAAGGGCAACUACGACGAGGGCUUUGGGCACAAACAGCACAAGGAGUUGUGGGCAGGCAAAGCGGAAUGUGAGGAAUCCCUGGAAAAAAACGUCCCUGGGGCGAACGCAACAGAGGCUCCGCAGAGCCCCGGAGUGGAGGACGCCCCGAUUGCAAAAGUGGGGGUUCUGGCAGCGACUAUGGAAGCGAAAGCCUCGGCUGUGCCUGAAAGAGAAGAGAGACCGGCGGAAACGAAAAAGCUCAGGAUCGCCUGGCCCCCUCCCUCUGACCAGAGCAUCCAAGGAAGUGCCUUAGAGGAGGGCAUCAAAGUACUCAAACCCAAGUGGCCCCCGGAGGAGGAGGUUUCCAAGCCGGACGGGCAGGAGGACGUGGACCUGGAUCUCAAGAAGCUGAGAAGAUCUUCCUCGCUGAAGGAGCGGAGCCGCCCCUUCACGGUGGCGGCCUCGUUCAGAACGGUGUCUGUGAAGGGCCACAAAGCAGAGAACUCGCCCUCUCCUCCCAAGGCCGAGAGGGACGCCCUGAAAAAGGGGGAGGAACUGGAGAGAGAGGUCGUGGCGGAGAAAAAGCCGAAGGAAAAGAAGGUUGAGCGCAGGAACACCCAGAACCCCGAGGAGAGAAAAGCGGAGGAAGAGCAGGGACCGCGUGGUGUCAGGACAGCGGAGCACGGCGUUGUGGAGAACGGCCAGGUGGGUGCAGAGACGGACGAGGAGGAACACCCCGCGGAAGAGCCGGAAAUCCCAAACGAAGAACUCCUCGAGCCGAACUCUCCCAAACGUUCCAGCCUGGGCAGCGUCGUGAGCGCCAAGGAGGCGUCCCCGAACCAGAACCGCAAAUCCCAAGACGUGGGGUUCUGGGAGGGCGACGACGUGGAGGAUCUGUCCGUGGAAGAGCAGAUCAAAAGGAAUCGCUACUAUGAAGAUGAGGAUGAUGAUGAUGAUGAUGAAGAAUAAAUUGGCCUUUUCCUAGGAAACUCGCUGCGAGGUGCUGGGCCUUUGGAAAUGGGUGUUUUUAGCUUUAACAAACAGCUCUCCUCCAUGAAGUGAUGCUACACUGCACGUUAAGGGAAUCCACGUCCAAAUUAUCUCAACUGGGAAACUCUGGAAGCCUGCGGAGAGUCUCUCUGGGGCCAUGGGAACAAGUGUGUGGUUGUGGGACAGCGUCAGCAGGUAAUGU